AUGAAUGGUUUCUACAAAAAGUUAGACGAACUAAAAAUACUAAUAUCCGAAAUCUCUCCCGACAUAAUCUGUCUCCAAGAAACCAACUUUACAAAUCUAAAGACCGCAAAACUACCCAACUACAAUGAUUUUAGCAAACACAGAACCACUGGACUCAGGGCCAGCGGUGGAAUAACAACAUACGUCAGCUCAAUAUACCCAUCUAAAGAAAUCUAUAUCUCAACACACCUGGAAGUAAUAGCAGUAGCAGUAAAACUCAAUGAUAUUGAAGUAAACAUAUGCAACAUAUAUCUGCCCAACCAACACACAUUUACGGAUAAUGACAUAGAAAAUAUAAUAAAGCAACUACCCAAGCCUUUCAUCAUAACAGGUGACUUUAACAGCCACAACGUCAGGUGGGGCUCCCUAAACACCGACAGCAGAGGGAAAGAAAUCGACAAAAUCCUGGAAAACGAUAAUCUGGUACUACUCAACAACAUGGAACCAACGCGUAUAAAUCCAAUUAAUGGUAACUUCUCAAAUAUUGACCUAUCAUUCGCAAAUGCAUCCCUCGCACAAAGGCUUAACUGGUCAGUAAUUGUAAUACAACUUAUCCCCCGUUAUAAUGAUAGCAUCCCCAACCUCGAAAGAUGGAAUCUGAAAAACCCAGACUGGAGACUUUUUUCUGAAACACUAGAUGACAAAGUAUCUCAUAUAGACAAAUCUGAAUAUCAAAACACGGAAAACCUUGUUGAUCAAUUAACGGAAACAAUAAUCUCAGUAGCCAACCUAACUAUAGGAAAAACCAAAUCAAAAAACCCCAAACCCAAAGUACCAUGGUGGAACCACGACAUUAAAAGUGCAAUUAAAGAAAAAAACGACGCCCUUAAAAAGUUCCAAAAAACAAAUAAACUAGAUGAUUUUAUACUACUAAAACAUUUAAGAGCCAAAUCAAAAUUCCUGAUAAAAACCAGCAAAAAAUCGUCAUGGGAAAAAUUCACUAGCAGUAUAAAAGAAAACACAGACUCAAAAUCAGUUUGGAACAAAAUACAAUCUCUAAAAGGACUCAGACGAAAUAAAAAAAUCAACCUAAUCGACCCAAAUUCUAACCAAUUAAUAAAUAAACCAGAUCAAAUAUCAAAUAACCUCGGUGAAUACUUUUAUCAUAAUAGCAGUGACAACAACUACAAACAACACUUUCUAGUGUACAAACAAAAAUGCGAAAAAGAAGCUAUAAGUAAUACUUCCGAUAAAAAUUGUCACGACCAAAUACAAAUCAACCAAGAAAUUAAAAUACAGGAAUUAACACACUCACUAAAAAAAUGCAAAAGUAAUAGUCCCGGACCCGACACCAUUACAUACGUCUUCAUACAAAAUUUUGGCACAAAAACUCUUAAUCUUCUGCUUAACAUUUUUUUUUUUUUUUUUUUCAAUCCGAAGAUUGGUUAA